AUGGCCCACAAGGACACCCUCUUCCGCUCGGCGAGCAUGUCCCUGACGCAGCUCUAUAUUUCCAACGAAAUCGGUCGUGAGGUCGUUUCCGCCCUGGGAGAACUUGGUGUCGUACAGUUCCGAGACCUCAAUGCAGACACCAACGCGUUCCAGCGUACCUUCACCACCGAGAUCCGUCGGUUGGACAACGUGGAGCGGCAACUGCGCUACUUCAAAUCCCAGAUGGAGAAGUCCAACAUCGAGAUGCGAAGCCAUUGGGACUUUGACCAGGAUAUGCUGGCCGCACCAGAAGCCAACGAGAUCGACGAACUCGCUGACCGUUCGGAGACGCUGGAACAUCGGAUCAGCAGCUUGAAUGAGAGCUAUGAAACGUUGAAGAAGAGAGAGGUCGAGCUAUCAGAAUGGCGUUGGGUCCUUAAGGAGGCCGGCGGCUUUUUUGACCGUGCCCAUGGCCAGACAGAUGAUAUUCGAGCAAGUGUCGAGGAAGACGACGCUCCCCUCCUCCGUAACGCCGAAGUCGAAGAAGGCCGAGCCAACGGCGACGCCGGUCACCAGCAGAGCUUCGCCGUGAUGAAUAUCGGAUUUGUGGCGGGUGUCAUCCCCCGUGAGCGACUGGCAGCCUUCGAACGAAUUCUGUGGAGAACCCUCCGCGGCAAUCUCUACAUGAACCAGUCUGAGAUCCCAGAGCCAAUCGUCAACCCGGAGACGAAUGAAGAAAUCAGGAAGAAUGUCUUUGUCAUCUUCGCGCACGGCAAGGAAAUCAUAGCCAAGAUUCGAAAGAUCUCAGAGUCCCUCGGCGCGGAUCUGUACAACGUGGACGAGAACAGCGACAUUAGACGGGAUCAGAUCCACGAAGUGAACACCCGGCUGAGCGACCUUGCCAGUGUCCUGCGAAACACCAAGAACACUUUGGACGCCGAACUUACCGCCAUUUCUCGCUCGCUUGCUGCGUGGUUGAUUGUGAUCAAGAAAGAGAAGGCAGUCUUCAAUGCAUUGAACAUGUGCUCCUACGAUCAAGCGAGAAAGACUCUCAUUGCAGAAGCUUGGUGCCCUACCAAUGCCCUGCCACAGAUUCGAGCUACGUUGCAGGAUGUCAAUGAUCGUGCUGGACUUUCUGUACCCACCAUCGUGAACCAGAUCAAGACCAACAAGACUCCUCCGACCUACAACAAGACCAACAAGUUCACGGAAGGGUUUCAGACCAUCAUCAACGCCUACGGUACCGCCAAGUAUCAGGAAGUCAAUCCAGGCCUUUACACCAUCGUGACGUUCCCAUUCCUGUUCGCCGUCAUGUUUGGUGAUUUCGGACAUGGAUGUCUGAUGACGAUGGCCGCUGCCGCAAUGAUCUACUGGGAGAAGCCACUGCUGAGGUCCAAGCAGGACGAACUGUUCGCCAUGGCAUUCUAUGGCCGAUAUAUCAUGCUGAUGAUGGGCAUUUUUUCGAUGUAUACAGGUCUAAUCUAUAACGACGUCUUUUCCAAGGGGUUCACCCCAUUCGCGUCGGCGUGGGAGUUUCCGGAGGAAGGCCGGCCGGAAGUCGGCGCUCAUCUCAAAGGGAGCUAUCGAUAUCCCUUUGGUCUUGACUGGGCCUGGCAUGGAUCCGAGAACGACUUGCUCUUCAACAACAGUUUGAAGAUGAAGCUGUCCAUUCUUAUGGGUUGGGUGCACAUGACCUAUGCAUUGUGCUUCUCCUACAUCAACGCCAAGCACUUCAAGACUCCCAUCGACAUCUGGGGUAACUUUGUCCCGGGCAUGAUCUUUUUCCAGAGUAUCUUUGGAUAUCUCAGCUUCUGUAUCGUCUACAAAUGGUCCAUCGAUUGGCCAGCCCAAGGGAGGAGUCCGCCCUCAUUACUCAAUAUGUUGAUCCAGAUGUUCUUGUCACCAGGCAAUGUGGAUGAAGGCGACCAGCUAUACAGGGGCCAAGCCGGUGUCCAGGUUUUCCUGGUUCUGAUCGCUAUCAUCAACGUGCCUAUCCUGCUUUUGUUGAAGCCUCUGUAUCUGCGUUGGCAGCACCAGAAGACGGCUGCUCAGGGCUAUCGCGGCAUCGGAGAUACCAGUGUUGUUGCUCAUGCGACGGAUCUCGAUGAUGACGAACAUGAUGCUGGACGGCGCAUGAACGGUCGCGCUAGUCAGGAGGAUGACGACGAGGGAGCUAUGAUCACUGAGAACAUCGGAGAAGAUGAAGAACAUGAGGAAUUCGAGUUCUCAGAGGUCAUGAUACAUCAAACGAUCCAUACAAUCGAGUUCUGCCUCAACUGCGUCUCCCAUACGGCUUCCUAUCUCCGUCUUUGGGCGCUUUCGCUUGCUCAUCAGCAGCUCUCGGUGGUGCUGUGGAACAUGACUCUCGGCAAUGCGUUCGCCAUGUCUGGCGGCAUGCAGAUCGUCAUGAUCAUCAUCACCUUCUACAUCUGGUUUGCUCUGACCAUUGCCGUCCUGUGUGUUAUGGAAGGCACCUCCGCCAUGUUGCACAGUCUACGUCUGCAUUGGGUCGAAGCUAUGAUGCAGAUCUUCGUCAAGACCCUCACGGGCAAGACCAUCACCCUUGAGGUCGAGUCGUCGGACACCAUCGACAACGUCAAGUCCAAGAUCCAGGACAAGGAAGGCAUCCCGCCCGACCAGCAGCGUUUGAUCUUCGCCGGCAAGCAGCUCGAGGAUGGCCGCACGUUGAGCGACUACAACAUCCAAAAGGAGUCCACCCUUCAUUUGGUCCUCCGUCUGCGUGGCGGUAUCAUCGAACCCUCCCUCAAGGCCCUUGCCUCCAAAUACAACUGCGAGAAGAUGAUCUGCCGGAAGUGCUACGCCCGUCUGCCCCCGCGAGCCACCAACUGCCGCAAGAAGAAGUGCGGUCACUCCAACCAGCUCCGACCGAAGAAGAAGAUAAAGUAA